AGAGGGAAAUCCACCUGCCGGAGAGCGGACACACCUCGGGAUGGAUGCCCUGAAAUCUGCCGGCAGAGCCAUCAUUAAGAGCCCCGGUGUCCCGCGACACACCUGGGGAACUUCAAAGCAUGAAAAGCUGCCAGAAAACUGGACGGACACAAAGGAGACCCUGCUGGAAGGGAUGGUGUUCAAUGUUAAGUAUCUUGGUAUGACUCUGGUGGGCCAACCUAAAGGAGAGGACAUGGCCUCAGCUGCAAUUCGAAGAAUUGUUGCAAUGGCCAGAGCCAGUGCUAAGAAGUUCCGAAAAGUAACCCUGACCGUGUCUCCAAAGGGCAUUAUCAUCACAGACACAGAGACUGCAGAUCUAAUCGAGGAUGUCUCUAUAUACAGAAUCUCAUACUGCACCGCAGAUAAAACUCAGGACAAGGUCUUCGCUUAUGUGUCCCAAAGCCAGUUCAAUGAGACUCUUGAGUGUCAUGCAUUCCUCUGCCAAAAAAGAAAAAUUGCUCAGGCUGUGACCUUAACAGUAGCUCAGGCUUUUAAAGUAGCACUAGAUCUUUGGGAAAUUGCUCAGGAAGACAAAAACAAGAAAGCGAGAACCUGCUGUUCCUGUGCCGCCAAUGACGAACAGAGGGAGACGACAACAAUGCAGUGUGUUCCAGCAGCCUCCCCUCCACACCUGCCGUCCCCCUCACAUCCGGUAGUUCAUAAGCCCACCGGGAUGGGGGAAAAGCCCCGGAGGCCCUUCUUCUCUGCUUCUCUCAGCUCGCCAUCGCCUCGCAGUAACCCUACCCGGAGACGGCCGAUUAAACACGACUCUUGGGAUGUGGAGGAUGGAUUUGAUGAUGUCUUCUCAAGCAAUAUGGAGGUAGAUGAAGCAGACACUGACUGGCCCAGCCCCACUCCAAACCCAUCUAUGACAAUGCAGCUCUGAGUGCCGUCAAGGUCUCCAACAAGAACCUCUGUCUGGGCAACAAUUAUUUUCAAUAACACCAGCUGGCAAUAGCUGCCCAUCAUACAGCAUCAUUGAAAUGAAACAGAAAAAACACAAUGUUGCCCAAGAAAGAGAAAAAACAGACAAAUUCUACAGAAACCCAGUUGGAAAUGCUGUGUUGUUAUUCUGCAAAGAAGCCAAAUAUAUAAACUGAUAUUGUAAAGAAUCUCCAACAUGCAGGCUGCUUAGUGUGAAGAGUAAACAGACAUCACUAGCUACAUUGAGAUUCUUACAAGCUACCUGCUAAUAUGGGUCACUCUGCGAACAGUACAGAACUGCAUGGCAAGCAAAAACUAAAUAUUUACACCAUGAAAUUCCCUCAGAUGAUUAGAGUGUGAUCACAAUAAAAGUUUGUAAAAGGUCCAUUUUUCACAGUGCAAAAUAUCGUCUCUUUUGGCUGCCAAGCUCUCUGAAGGACUCCAUUGUUUGAAACACUAGAUACUGGCCUAAUACAGCAUAAAUGACACAGCACAAGUGACAUCUAGAUCAUGUUUGCUUCUUGCAUUGCCAGAAUCCUGUACAAUUAUUUUAUUGACAAUUUUAACAAAGAGCAAUAAGGAUUAAUGGAAAAUGUUAAAUACUUAUAUAUGGCUACGUUCUAGGUAUACCUGUUCAAUAGCUUGUUCCAAGUCUUCCAAGUCAGCCUGGAAUAUGGGAGCAACUCAACCAUUUAGGCAACUAGGUGUGGUGAAGAUGACACAGGAUUUUCUCUCAGAUUUACAGACAGUGGUCAGAAGACAAAAAAAUGUUCGGUUAUGUGGACUAAAAUGCCUUGUUGGUUUCAGAGGUCAGAGGAGAAUGAACAGACUGGUUUCAAAUAAUAGGAAGGGAACAGUAGCUCAAAUAACCACUUGUUAUAACAGAAAACCUUGCUAGGUACUACUUCGGCCACCUAAGAACAGGGAACUGUAGCUACAGUACAGGCUCACUGAUAGGGGAUUAAAAAAAAUUGGAAAAAUGUUGCCUGGCCUGGCGAGUCGAUUUCAGCUACAACAUUCAGAUGGUAGAGUCAGAAUUUGGUGUAAGCAACAUGAAGCAUUGUUCCGUCCUGCCUUGUAUUAGGCUUGUGGUGGUGGUAUAUUGAUAAGGGGCAUUUUUCCUCACCACACGUUUGACCCUUUAGGACCAACUGAGUUUUGUUUAAAUGUUACAACAAAGUAUUCUUCCUGUCCAUUACCAUGCCUUUAUGACCACAAUUUACCCAUAUUUUAAUGCAUACUUUAAGUAGGAAAAUGCACCAAAAAAAUCAAGAAUGACCAUGAGUUCAGUGUACUCUAAAUACAUCCAUAUUCUCAAUCCAAUAGGGCCCCUUUGGGAAGUUGGGGAAAAGGAGAUUGGUAACAUGGAAAUGUAAGCUGACAAAUGUUCUGCAACUGUGUGAUGCCAUCAUGUCACAAUGGAUCAAAAUAUGUAAUUAAUGUUUCCGAAACCUUGUUGAUGCUAUGCCAAACAUUUACCAAGGGGUCUGAUCCAGUAUUAUGAAGGGGUACCCAAUUAGGUGGCUAGUGAGUGUAUAUCUUCAGCAUUUUGGAUCUGGAUUUCUUAUCAAUUACUGUUUAUUAUUACGGUCUUUGAAAAUACAUUAGAUUGUUUAUUUGUUUAUUAAAUGUAACUGUUUCUGCAGAGUAAUAAUGUAUGGGAAGAAACUUGUGCCUUCAGAAACUGAAUUUGAAUUGCUCAGACUGAAUCUGUAUUUGUGUAAUUUGAAAUUAAAUGCAUUGGUUUGA